AGUGGAAAAAUUUCUGUAACUUCGGGGGUUUUCCGUCUCAUAUCACAUCGCUGACGCCGGCCGCAUACGGCGCUUUCUUCUUCUUCGUUCUCCCUUCGGUUCCCUUCGCUCUCCCUCGCGAUUUCGUUCCUCAAGGUGUGCCACAUUGUUUAUUAUCAGUGUUAGUUUCCAAUGACAUCGUCUAAGAGGCCAAAUGCGGAGUCAAAUGGGAAAGCGAAACGCCAAAAGUCAGGAACUGGUUUUUCGCCGUUGGAUUUUGCUCCGGGGAGUGUUGUUUUCCGGUUGCUCUGCUCCGCGUCGAGGAUUGGGAGUGUUAUCGGCAAAGGUGGUGCCACCGUGACACAAAUCCGACAGGAGACUGGUGUGAAGGUUAAGAUUGAGGAAGCUGUACCUGGAUGUGAUGAGAGGGUUAUUACUAUUCUAGGUUCUGAUAAGGAGACUGAGGAAGUCACUGACCAAGGAAGGGAGGUUAAUAACAAUAACAACAACAAUAAAAAUGAUGAUGAUGAAGCUGAGAGCAAGGAGAAGGAGAUUGGGGCAAAAGACGAUGCAGACAAUGAUGAAGAUAAGGGGUCUGUUCCGGUUGAAGAUUUGAAGAGUGAGAAGGGGAAUUCUGCCAUUCGGAAGGCUCUCUCGCUGGUUUUUGAGAAGAUGGUUGAAGGAAUGGAGGAGACAACAGAGGGGGAUAAAGAAGGUAGUAAAUCUUUGUCCUUUGUUUUUAGGCUACUUGUCCUUUCUAGUCAAGUUGGAUGCCUUCUGGGGAAAGGUGGUAGCGUAAUAAAGCAAAUGUCAGCUGAUAGUGGGGCACAGAUUCGGAUCCUUCCAAGGGACAAACUUCCACUGUGUGCGUCGGAUUCUGAUGAGCUUGUUCAGAUCACGGGGGGAAUCGACGUCGUCAGGAAAGCUCUUCAAUCUGUUUCUCAACAACUUUUGGAAAAUCCACCUCGGGAUCAUGAACCUCUUCGUGCCAAUCCUACAGGACCAUCUUCUCAUUCAGCUGGUCAAUUCCCACCACAUAACCGUUCUCUUGCUGCACAAGGAGCGCCUUUUGCUGCAGGACCUCGUGAUAUUUCUGUUUUUCAUCCUGGUCCUCCUGUAAUUCCCAAAUUUCAUGAAGGUGCCAUACAUGGACGCAUGAGGCCUUCACAGGAGAUGCUUACUUUCCGUUUAUUGUGUCAUGCUGAAAGAGUAGGAAAUGUUAUUGGUAAAGGUGGAGCAAUCAUAAAGGCUGUGCAACAGGAGACAGCUAGUGAAAUUAAGGUUAUAGAAGGCAGUCCAGAUUCAGAGCAUUGCAUUAUUGUCAUAUCUGGUCCAGCGCACCCAGAUGAUAGAGUAUCUCCCGUGCAAGAGGCUGUAUUUCGUGUGCAGAGCAGAAUAGGAAGGUCUAUACCUGAUCCCAAAGAGCAUAAUAUGUUAGCUAGGCUUCUUGUUUCUUCCAAUCAAAUAGGUUGUCUCCUUGGCAAGGGUGGUUCCAUCAUAACCGAAAUGAGGAAGUUAUCAGGGGCCCAUAUCCGUAUAUUAGGCAAGGAUAAGGUUCCAAAGUGUGCUUCAGAAGAUGAAGAAGUAAUUCAGAUAAGUGGAGAAGUCGAGGCAGUGCACGAUGCACUUCUGCAAGUAACCACAAGACUAAGACAUCAUUUCUUUCGUGAUGCAUUUCCAUCUAUCAAUUAUCCUUCCAAUUCUCCAUUUCUAGAUCAAGGUCCUCCAUUCCCACCGUACUUUGGAAGGCGAGGACUUUCACCACCAGGGAUGUAUUCUAAUCUAGGUCCACCUCCACUCGGGGGUUUUCCUCUUGAUGAUGGUCCUCCUUUUAUUAAUAAUAUACGCAGACCAGGCAUUCCUCCUCAUUUAUCCGAAAGAAAGCCUUGGGGUCCUCAGGGGUUACUAGAAGGUGGUGGACCCAUGGGCUUACCAGACUUUCCAGGAGGCCCUCAUAGGAGAAUUCCAGGAUUUGCAAGUGGGGGCCAACCGAUUAUCACUAGUACCACUGUUGAAGUAGUUGUUCCUCGAAAGCUUGUGCCUGUAAUUUAUGGGGAGGAUGGUGAAUGCCUAAAACAAAUACUUGAGAUCUCUGACGCAAAUAUCAAAUUUAUGGAUCCAAAGCCUGGAGCUGUGGAAACCAAGAUUAUAAUAUCAGGAACCCCGGAGCAAACUCAUGCUGCCCAAAGUCUUAUUCAGGCGUUUGUCUUGAGUGAGACAGAGUCUGGUUGAUCUCUCUACUUGGGUAAUACAUUGUUUAUUUUACUCUGUAGCUGCAAUUGAGUUCAUUAUUUUCCUUACUGUUAUAUCUUGAUGUCACAAAUUGUAGAAGGAAAGCAGUGUAAAGUGUUAAUUGUCAUCUUAUAGAAAAGACCAUUCCCCAUCUUUGCUUUUAUGCACACUUGGGUUUUA